AUGUCCUCGCCCCCACAAUGGGCAGUUUGGUCUCGUCGCCCACGGGAUCCAACUAAUGCACCAUCUCUCAUUUUCUCUUUAAAAGCCAACCCUCCACAUCGCAUCCUUCAAUACGCUCUCCCAGACCCGACUCCCCCAGCAUCUCCGGAACUUUCUCCUCUCAACCUCUCUCCAGAAGAGCUCUCGUCAGGAGACAGCGAAAUUACCACUACCGUUCCCACUUCUCCUGCGUCUGUCAGCACAUCAGUAUCUCAACCCAAAGAACCAAGUCCUCCCCCAAAAAAGUCGUGGGCGUCAUUGCUUCAGCCUUCGGCCUCUUCCUCUGGUUCCGGAAAGAACCAGCUCCCCACAUCCUCGAUUGUCGGCUUUUCGAUUCCUGCCUCGGAGACAUCUGCUUCAGCUGCACCUUCGAUUGCACCGGUAUCAACCACAAAAAAAGCGGCGCUUUCGGCAUUACUUGGCGGUGCCACUUCAAACGCCUCCGAAAUUCACAUACGACCCAGAGGGCUGACAAAUACGGGCAACAUGUGUUUUGCAAACUCCGUGUUGCAGGUUCUGCUGUAUUGUGAACCGUUUUGGAGGUUCUUUAGGCAGUUGGAUGGACUGCUUCCGUCUAUCGGAGGAAGCGAGGAAACGACUCUGUUACGUGCAACUGCAGACUUCAUACGCGAUUUUCUGCCUCCGACCGAGCAAAAUUCCUCCCAGGAUAGCAACGUAAAAGUGAACGGUACAAGAAGUAAGGGGAAGGAGAAGGAAAUUCAAUCUGAAGAAUGGGAAGAACUUGACGCCUUCAUCCCGAACUAUAUAUAUGAUGCUCUCAAAUCGAAGAAACGUUUCGAGAGCUUGAUGGGAAGUGGGACGGGAGGAAACAACGGAUAUCAGGGACAGGAGGACGCUGAGGAAUUUCUGGGGUUCUAUCUUGAUACGCUGGAAGAGGAACUUUUAGCACUAUCCGAACGCAUUUCUCCGACACGGAGUCGCUCUUCAGCCGGAGCAGUUGAAGAACAUGAAGAAAACUGUCCACCAGAAAAUGAAGAUGGGUGGUUAGAGGUGGGUAAGAAAAACAGAACAAUCGUGACUAGGACGAUUAAAUCUGCGGAGUCUCCCAUAUCACGGUUGUUUGGCGGAAAGUUCAGAUCGACAUUACGGUCGCCUGGUCAGAAGGACUCGGUAGUGAUCGAAGACUGGAGGUCGUUGCGCGUUGACAUUCAGGCGGACUCAAUUCAUUCAAUAGAAGACGCGCUUUCUCAUAUAUCCGAUCCUCAAGCGAUCCAAAGAUCUCAUCCUACGUUACAAGAUACAAUGAUCGAUGCUAGCCAACAAAUUCUGAUAGAGGCUCUUCCGCUCGUUCUCGUAGUUCACCUGAAGAGAUUUUGUUACGAUGUCGGCGCCGGAGGGGUCAUGAAGGUCGCGAAACAAGUGACAUUCCAAGAGGAGCUGGUAAUCAGUGGAGACGUGUUGACGCCAGCAGCCCGAGGCAAAAAGCGCCCCACACGUUUCAAGUUAUUUGGUGUCAUAUAUCAUCACGGUGUGUCUGCGUCGGGGGGGCACUAUACACUGGACGUUCUACAUUCGAGUCGAUUUCCAUCGCGCAUUACAACGAAAGCAAAUGAACAAGCUUGUCCACGGGAAGGGUGGAUACGGAUUGACGAUGAACUUGUUUCUGAUAUCCGGCAUGCAGAUAUAUUUGCUUCUUCAGCAUUUGAGAGGGAUGAUGCAGCGUCGAGAUGCGCUUACAUGUUAUUCUACAAGCGUAUUAGAUAG